GCAAUUCGGAAAGAUCACUCCUCAAAUGAUAAUGCCUUCGGGGAGUUGAUACAACUAGGUGGCGUCUUCGGAAUCCAGUUCCCGCCUAAACUGUCUUUUACAGGCCAGCUUGGCCCAGAAACGAGCAGUUUCGGUGUGUCUACUCACAUUUUGGGAAAACAAAUCGGCCAAAUGUCUUCUCGACAUUUGUCCGACACAGGCGAGCAAUCAAAUGUACUUUGUGAUGAACUUGCAGGAAAGGAGGAUAAGCCGCCGACUUGUCGACAAAACUGGGACUUUACGCCAUCCCAUCCUGUCACAUGGCGCACUUAUGCCUCAGAGAGAGGCACAGGCUGCCGAUUCUCUGAAAGCGUCUGCCCUAGUGACCGCAUCAAGUCUGUAGCUAUGGGCAUCGCUGAGCGGGACAGGUCUACUCAAACUAUCCGCUUCGAGGCCUCUUUUCAGCGAGAAUGA